UAGCAACCUUUUCAAUCAAGCAAGCUUUACACCUUUCACAAAUAUUUCAUGCGACUUAGCGCUGCAGGAUCCCUCUGUUAUUAGCUAUGUGGCCGGCUGCUGUUCAAUGAAGGUUCAAAAUUAUGGAGGCCUGAGCCUUUGUGCGCUGGUUGCAGAUCGGUUUCCUUUCACUCAAUUUUUGUGAGAAAGAGAUAUCUAAGCCCCUCCGGCAAUUUAAAAAAGGACGCCCCUCUCUCCCACAUAUUUCAACAGAACAGCCAACAGAUCUAUUAGUUAUACCAACAAUCCAGUCCCUCAUCAAAGCAGACCUUGCUUGACUCUUUACUUUGAUGAAGUCAUUUCUCACAAAUACAAUUCAAUCAUUCUUGGAUUUACCCUGACUCUAUCUAUACUCGACAUACAAUCCGUACAAAAAUGUCGGAAUCAACGAAACCAACGCAAACAAAAAUACCAGAAACAAAACUCAAAUCCUACCUCGAUAUAGUCCACGAGUGUGAUUCGUUCCCGUAUAUGCAGCAGGACGUUGAGGCCUACAGGAAAUACGUUUCCGCCUUCCAUGCAUUCAAAAUCAAUGGCUACCCCCAAAUCCUCGGCUACAUGAGGAAUGAGAUAGUCGAAAAGUUCCCGUGGCCUGAACCAACAUGGAAGGUGGUCAAGAGCGCAGAAGGAGAGUCCGGCACGAUAACUCUUAUGUCACCCAUAGGUGCAACAGCAGAUGAGCGCACUAAGUUAAUCAACGACACACUCCAAACGGCCCGUGAUACAUUCGACGUCAUUAAAGGGAAGGCGUGGCGCAAUGAAAACUACCCCAUCCGCAUCCCCGGGAAGGAAGAGGUGCUCGGCAGCAUGGAGCGUGCGGCGGCAUGUCUCUUUGGUAUCCAGACCUGGGGCAUCCACAUGACAGCCUACGUCGUGAACGACAAGGGAGAGUACCUGCUUUGGGUCCCAAAACGCUCGGAGACAAAGUCAACAUUUCCGGGAAUGUUGGAUAACAGCGUUGCCGGUGGUAUGGCAACGGGUGAAACCCCGUUUGAAUGCAUGUUGCGGGAGGCCGAUGAGGAAGCAUCUAUCCCGAGGGAAGUGGCGAAGAACGCGAUAGCGACCGGUGCUUUACGCUACAUCUACGAACGGGGUGCGGAUGCUGGUGGUGAAAAGGGGCUAUUGCAACCGGAAUGCGAAUAUAUCUACGAUCUCAAGCUUCCUGCCAAUGUCAUUCUUAAGCCGAAUGAUAACGAGGCGGCUAAUUUCAUUCUGAUGCCGAUCAAUGACGUUAUUACGGAGCUGAAGAAGGGUAAAUUCAAGUCUAACUGCGGAAUAGUUAUUGUCGACUUCCUCGUCAGACAUGGGUUUAUCACACCAGAAGGGGAGUCUGAUUAUGAGGAGAUCUGUUCUAGAAUGCACCGAAAGCUCGGGUACCCGAAUCUCUAAAUGGAGCCUUUUUCUCCAUUACCUUCGUUUCUCUUUAUUUUCAUUUUGUUUUCUUUCCGCUUCCCUCUAUCAUUUAUCUUUGGCUUGGCUUUCUGUUGCACGCCCUGAUAGAGUUGACACAAGUUUGGUUUCUUUCUCACAGACACCCCUUUCGAGCUUUGUCCUAGUUUUAUUUUCAGGUAUUAUAAUAAUAAUAACUACAAGAAUGAGAGAAAACGCCCACGCUCAAUGCCCAAGCUCUAAAGAAUAUUAUUCUAACUGAAUUUUUGCAUCUCCGUUCAUUUGAACCUAUUGGGUUCCGCGGGUUGGUCAUGCGCGUGUAUCACAUCGAGAAUAGGCGCUGAAGUCACCAAGUAAAAAAAAACUUGAACUUUCUCCCUAGGUAUAUGAGUUUAUAUCCGCUACUUUUUCAUCAGAAGGUAGAUAUAAUCGAUCCUGAGCGGAUUAAGCUUCUUAUAUGGGCCUUCCAAGUAGAGCAAAAGCCCUCCGAACGAAACGAAAACAGACCUACACAAGAUCAAAGAGGCAUUCUAUUAGCUCCAACUUCUAUGGUAAAAAAUUAAAAAGAAAAGAAAAAAGGAAAAAAAAGAGCAGAA